GAACAGGGUGCGGAGCGCUCUGGGAGGGGCUGCCCGUCGGAGGCUGUGGGCAGGCGGGGACCGGCCACUUGUCCCGGGAAACCGGCGACAGCAGGAGAGGACACAGCCCGGAACUGCAUCUGGGGAGGGACAGUACCUGAAGAUGGAAUUUCGAAUUAAACACACCUGGGAUGGUUUGCCCGUGAGCCACGAGCCGGUUACAAUUGGGCUGAGGCCGGAUAAUGCAGGACUGCUGAUGGAAGUUCGAGCUCCUUUCUUUAAUGACCCUCCAGCACCUCCCGGAGAGCCAGGGAAACCUUUUGGUGGGCUGUGGGACUAUGAGGUUGUAGAAGCAUUCUUUCUGAGUGACAGAACUGAGCAGUAUUUGGAAGUUGAGCUUUGUCCCCAUGGGCAGUACUUACUGCUGCUGCUUUCUGGCAGAAGAAAAGCGUGGAAAGAAGAGCUUCCUUUGGAGUUUGAGGUGACCAGAAUGAAAACCAAAUGGGAGGGUAAAGCUCUUCUUCCUUGGAGCUAUUUUCCACCAUGCACUGACAAGUUCAAUGCCUUUGCAAUUCAUGGCUCGGGAGAAGAGAGAAAUUAUGAAGCACUUUAUCCUGUGCCUCCACACCAGCUGCAGGAAGGGCAGGAACCAGAUUUUCAUCGUUUGGAAUUUUUCGAAGACUUGAACCUGAAAGAACUAACAGGAGAAGACUGGAAGCAGCCUGAAUCAGAUCUGUGGAAAUCUCUCACCAAGUGAAUGGAUUGAGGCAUAAAUUUUUGAAAUGUUGAAGUUGGCUGGAGCUGUGUGGAAACAACUUCCUCAUUCUGAGCAGAGGUUGUAGAUACCAGAUGAGCAAGGCUUUCCUUGGCACCAAAAUCAUGGAUCAGUCUGAAAAUCAACUGCAAAGCACAUGGAUCCGUUGAUUCUAAAUGUAUGAAUGGCUUGGAGUUUUUCACCUGUGCAGGAGAUGAAUCUUCUGCUACCAGUGAAGGAAGAAUGUGCUGAAAUUGCAGCUGUGCUUUUGUGAGAGCUCUGAAGUGUGACAAGGCCAAUACCUGGAUUCAAUCUUUUGUUUUCCUAUAGUUGCUGCAUUUCUGCUGUAUUUUCACUGCUGCUCAUUUGUUUGUUGACUGCUGAAGGAGAUCUUUAUGUGCCUAGAUUUUUUGCUUACAAUCGGGAGGAAGAAUGUAGCUAUCAUGGAUUUUGGAGGCAGAAUGUAGCUAUCAUGGAUUUUGGAGGCAGAAUGUAGCUAUCAUGGAUUUUGGAGGCUCAGUACUUGCCCUGCAAAAAGCAUAACGCUGCCCUUUCCUGUAUGUUCCUGUGCCUGAAGUUUUCCCUUGCUUAGUGCCAAAGGGGGAACUUCUUCUGUCUCACAGACCUCUCUGUGGAGUUGCUAAUGGUGUUUAGGUGCGGAGGAUAGAUUUACAAAAGGUUUUCUGUAUUUCAGGUGAAGUUUCUGGGACAAAUCAUGCUUAGUAAAAUCUUUUGGUAUAGUUAUGUGUGUGCAAAAGCGGGUUUUUAUCCUAAGACUUGUCACAUCAAGUGACAUUUAAGAAUUCAUCUCAGAUGUCUGAGGAUUGGUUUUUUUUUGCAUGCCACUGAGGGCUGGAGAUACUCCAGGAGUAUAUUUUCUGUGUGUGGGCAUGAGUCAUUUUAACAAUAGUAAAUAUUCUUAGGUGGCAACAUCUAAUCUGUAAACCCUCACAAGAUUUACAAAUCAUAUGUUCCUUUUUUUUGUCUAGCAUAGCAAUUGCUGCUUGAUAGUGGCUGCUGAUUUAAUCUUAUAUAAAUUACCUUAAAAAAUGUGAAACUUGCUCACUAACUAGAUCCUUGCCAGUAUGCAGUAAUAAACACAUUCUGAUGGUCCUAUUUUCGUUGCUGUCUUCCAGCUUCACUCUAGCUGUAAGUUCUGCCUGAGAAGCAAAGAAGGUGGGAAUAUUCCACCUUUGUGAAGAGCAUCUCAGUCUGGUUAAUGUCUGAUAUAGCAUGUUAGUUCACAGUUUUUGUUAAGCUUUAGAUUCCCUCUGUGUACUUCCAGUUUUAUAGAACUGUGCUUUCAAAUUUGAACAUAUUAUUUGUUUUUAUCCUGUAGCAGAUUUUGGCAUGUCAGUGCACUCAGCCAUCCAAUUGCUUUUGCUCUGUUUCAAUUAGACUAUAUAGGUUCCUUGCUGUAAAGUGCCAUCUGUUGAAAAUUGUAAGUAUUGUACCUCCAGUUGUUUGGCUUCUUUUCUACCUUCUAUCCAUGUACAGUUUUCUAAAGAAUGACAUCAGUCUGAAAUAUUGAAUAAUUCAAUAAAUGUUGAUUAAAGUAUCAUCUAGAUAGUGACAUCUCAAAGCUGCUUAAAAAUUUUUAGUCAAAACCAAAAGGCCAUUGUGCAAAACUUUUAGACUUUAUUUUUAAAAGUUUGUCAAAAAACUAUGUGCAAAGAUUCAAAAUGGGUGUACUGCUUUUCUCACAAAGGUUGUUUUCAUCUGAGGAGUAAUACUUUGUAUGUAAAGACAGUAAA